UUCAAAUCGUUAAAAAACUUAUAUCUUAUAAAAAAAAUUCACAUACACAAUUUGCAGUAGCAAAAAAUGGACAUAAAAAUAACCAACUCUGCGUCUUCGACUUGUGUCAUUCGCGCUAAUGAGUACCAUCUGCAUAUACCACUAUAUGUUUUGGACGUUAUUCGAAUUCUGCAGGAUCACCCAGCUUACUUCAAAGGUCUGAAAGAAAAGCAUAUCGUUGAAAUGUUAGAAAAAGAAUGUUUUGCAUGCGGUGAUAUAAAUGGUCAGGUAAGGGUAGCAUUGAAGGAAUUGAGCGCUGCUGGAUUUGUGCGCUGUAUUAAUCAUAGUUAUCGUACACUUGGGCCAUUCGCUAAACUCGCUCAAGCGCGCUCACAACGACAACUAAACUCAGCUUGGAUGAAGAUAACAGAGAUGCAGAAUAUGAGUUGUACUUCCCUUCUAUCAACAAGUAGUUCCGAAAACUAUACUUAAAUCAACAAGGAAAACUGUCUCUUUUGGGCUGUUAUAUUUUGUGAAUUACUCAUUUUUCAAAUAAACUGGAAACAUAAGAAAGUUUGAUUAUAUUAAAACUUUUU